ACCCUGUUCCUCUCAGGUCUUCUUUCAGCUGUCUCCAACCUCCAUGCUCAGUCAUCAAGCACCAACAUCACAAUCACCUGGGAUGCUCCCUUCUCUCUUAACCUCACCACAGCUGAACCAGACAUACAAUAUUGUGUGGAUGUGUACGAUAGUGCCUCUGGUGUUCUACUACACUCUGAGUGUGGUAUUAUUGAGGAACACUACACCUAUUCCCUUAGCAACCCCUGCUCGUAUAUGUUCACAGUGAUACCUAGGAGCAAUGUAGAUGGAGCUCUCAAUGGGACCACUGUGUUCGGAUGUAUACAAGAUGCACGGACUCAGAGAUUCACAGUGCAGCCAGUGUCAGUGAUGCAAGCUGAAGGCUUGGAGACAAUAUUUGAGUGUUUGUACCCUGGUGCCCUGAGUCACAGUUGGGGGAUCAAUGGAAUGUACCCAGCUGAUGAUGCAUUUCCACCUGAUGUAACUCGUACCCUACCGUCUGGUGAUACUCCAGCAACACUGGCCAUUCCAGCCACAGACCAGUACAACAACACUGUGGUGCAGUGUAGGGCUGUGCUCAUUGUUGAAAGAAAUAUGCAGAUUGUGCCAACAUGUGAUGUUCUAUUAUUAGUACAAGGUCGACUGGGUUCAGUUACUGGACUGAGACUGAACAUGGUGACCUCUACUUCAAUGACUCUCAUCUGGGAUGCUCCCUUCUCUCUAGACCUCACCACAGCUGAGCCAGACAUACAGUAUUGUGUGGAUGUACACAGUGUCCCUGGAGGACAACUGGUGGAGUCAACAUGUGACAUCAUCGACACUAACUACACCUUCUCUACCAGUGAUCAAGACCAGUUAAUGUUUACAGUGACACCAAGAAGCAAUGUGGAAGGUAGUCUCAAUGGAACCUCCAGUGAACUAGUCGGACCUCCUUUGCAAGGUAACGGCACGAUCACUGACGGCACACCAUCGCCAUCUCUUCCUACUAUUGAGUCUGCUCAACCACCGUUUAUUACGAUAGUUGUGUCUUCCGGUGUGACUGCUGUGGUAGUUCUACUCCUACUCUUAGUCAUUGCCAUUUUAACCGCUAUUGUCAUAGUGAAACGAAAACAAAGGAAUCACAAAGAUGGAAGAGUGGAUUUAUCAUCAACAUUGCCAGGAAUUGAGCAGCCUAACGAAGCUCAUGCUCCAGUGCUCAAUAAGAACAUUGCCUAUGAGCAGACACGGAUACCAAGACACAAUGAACACACCACCACCAUCGUCACGACGGUAGUAGCAACGGAGGAUGAGAACAUUGAGCCAAGUCAUGACUAUGAAGAAAUAUUGCUCUAAAUAUCCAAAUAGCAUUUCGAAGAGACAUGCAAUUCAAAUCAAUAAUCACUAGUAUGUCACGAUGUUGAUUUUCAAGUAGAUCUGUAAGCACUCACUAGGCAGGUGCGUGUAUAAACAAUUCAAGUCAGUGAUAUAGCACAACUAGCAUGCAUGAUUCAACACAUUUUAAAUUAUCAUAACAAUAAUUGUGCUCUUGGGUGGUCUG